GUUGUAAUGGAAGCUUAUCAGGACCAGCAUUCGAGGUGGGACUGUGGGACCUCAUGGCUCUACGGACAAGCAUAAGACAUUACCCGAUGAACGACCAUUCCGGUUUUUGCAGAUGGAAGAUGGCAGUUCAUGCGAUUUGUUCUGGCCGAAAGCGUGCUGUAUGAUUUAGAGAAUUGCACAAGAUAUUAGGGAAACCCUUGUCGCUUUUGACUAUAUGAGAAGAUCCAGUUUGAUCGUUACUAAAGGCCUCAAUCUUUCGGGAAACCUUGCAACGUAGCCAUAUAAUGGUACGUUCAUUGCUGUUCGACUCACGCAUGGCUAUAAUCUAAACCGUGAUGGAGAGCUCGUGAUUCUAUCCUUCCCUCUGUACAGACAGAACUCCAAUGUACCCGGCCACUUCUCUCGUUUGAUUAACGUCACAAUGUCGAGCAUUGAGCAGUAUGCUGGAUGUAGAGGUUACUGUGCCCUGACUGUCGAGUGUGUCUUUGUACUGCAGAAAUCACUCGAUAAGGUUACCUUCCGCCGUCUGCUCUACGUCCAUCGUACCAUUUUCGGCCGCUCUCGCGAUCUGAUUGAACCGCGUUGCGCUCCCGCGAUGGCGAUUCACCCCGGUUUCCCGUCUGAGGCAGACCCAAGAGGCAACCUGUCGCCACAGCAGGCCCGCGCCAUCUCGAUUUGGACAGAACAGGCUGCCGUCUCUCUGGAAAAUUUGACCAUCUCGGAGCCGGUCUUGUCCAGCGAUCGAGUUGUCUCGUUGUCGCAAUCUACACCGACGCGGACAUCUUUUCGCGGGACCACGGUAUCUCUGUCGAUUCCUUUGGAUGACCCAGCACCGAGAACAGAAAGUGCGUCUGCGGCUCGCGUCAAGCUUCUCGGUCAACCCUCAAAGGAUGUUCAACAGGUGGCGUCGGUCAGCUUCCGUCGUCGAGAACCCUUGCGACGCGACAGUCUCAAGAGGCGCGAGGCUCUCCUAAAGGGGAAGGAUGGCAGCCGUCGCAGACAACGUUGGGAAAACGGUCGGUCCCCCUUAAUUGCAGCUGCAUUGCUUGGACGUCCUGCGCUAGACUUCAUUCGCCGCCAUCGUCUCCUGCACAAUCCCUGGGCUGAGCCGCCCUCUUCUAAAGACUGGAAUAUCCAGCCGACCUACACCCGACACAACCCCAUGCCAUACUAUCUUGCGCCCUUGUGGGAUUCCCAUUAUGCGCAAUUGGACCAAAAUUCGAAGCAGGCGGGCGCUGGCACGGGGAACGAGAAACACCGCGUACCGAAGGAGCUGCGCAUGAAGCUCAAGCACGCACGUGGCGCUCGCGGUAUGCUCCAAGACCUGGAAGAAGACAUCAGACAGUUUAUCCAGCGAUGGAGCGAAAAGCAGCUUCUUCUCCAGAAGGAGGGGCUGACCGAUGCUCCUCAGUCGUCCGAUGAGGAUGACUCUGAGGAUGAGGUCGUGUUCGUGGGUCGUAAUGGGCUGAUGCAUGAUUCACCUCAACGGAAAGCGAAGUUGCAGCAGAUGCGAGAAGCGAUGAACGCUCACAACGAGCGCGACGGCGAGAAGAUGGUGUUCGAGAGCCCGGUCGAUGAUCGGGGUGCUGGGUUUGGCCGCUGGCUGGUCCACUCGAUUGCAUCUUAUUAUGGGUUGCACACGUGGUCGGUCACUGUGGGUGAACCAGCGCGUCGUGAAGCUUAUGUUGGCUUCCGUCCGCCGGCCCCAUCCACCCGUCCCGAGUUUGCACACCAAACGGCCGGAGGAAGCUGCCGCCGCGAAGCGAUGAUUCAGCCUGGAGAUGAACUUCCGCAACCGCUGUGGGCCCAGUCGUGUAAGUUCAAACGAUUUAUUCCACUUUUCGCCAUCAGCAAGCGCCACGGGACGUUUGCGACCACGCCUCGCCUGAUGUAUACUCAUUGGAGGGUUCUCGAUGGUCUUAGACACCCUCGCGAGCACUCGCUUCAAUAUGGGACAUUGGAAGCACAGCGUGGAGCACAUAUGCCGCGGUCAACAUUAGGAGCAAGACUACCCGUAUCCUUGAAGGAGCAGCUGUAGCAAAAGCCAAAGAAAGGGACACGCCCAGAGAUCCGCCCAAGCAUUCGAAUGUGUCAUCAACACAGAUCCUGGAAUAAUUAUGGCCCACUUCCCCAACUGCUGACCGACAAAAAGCAAACGGACAUCAUCAUCACCAGGCCUCUUCUCCAUAGGACAACUUAAUUAUGCCGGUGUCUUUCUCUACGAGACCG